GAGGGAGCGGUCUCUGCGGAAAGCCAAAUGAGGAGGCGAUGGGAAGAUGUGGCAGGUGGUGGGAUCCCGUUGGAGGUAGCGAAAAUGUCGGUGGAUUAUCUGCUGUAUGUGACGGCUGAUGGGGUGGAAGGUGAGGACAAGGGGGACUGCCCUUGUUACUACAUAAUACUACAUACUGUCCUUGUCAUAUAUUGGAAAUUGGAUUAUCUGAAACGAUCUUCCAGUUUAUCUGACAGGCGAUCUCUUUGUUCUCUAUUCCACCUCCAGGCGAUCUCUUUCAAGGUCUCUGCCCUUUGCCGAUCUCCGCAGCUUAAAACAUGACUCAUUCAUAGUUGGUUUUUUUUAUUAACAAAAUCUUUUCUCUUGACAGGUGAUGCGAAACUUCACUUUCUAUUUGCCACCAAUCUCAGAGGAGAACCUCAAGCAAUGAAUGUGGCGUUGCACUGACAGCGAGGAGCCCCCGGUUGAAUGGGCUGGUUGCUGCUGUGGGAGGGAGCACGCCUGGUGCAACACUGUACCACUCUGCCUUUGUCACUGAGAUCUGGACCUCGUCCUGACAGGCGGGACACCAGUUGACAAGAGCCGGGGAGAUCCGGAAGUGCAGUUCAUGGAAACAAAGUUCGAGCCGGGUACACGUGAAAGGGAAAGGCCGGGGUGGCAGCGACAAGGAGCGGCGCCAGAGCCGGAGCCGGACCAUGGACCGGAGCAGCGCUGUCCACACGCCCUGCGCCGCCCGGCUCAUGGCAGCGACUCCCCUUCUUUAGCUCUUGUCUGCUCGGUGAAGGGAGGCGAUGGCCAUCACCCACGCCGCGGCGGAGUACGUAUUCAACGACUUUCUCCUGAAGGAGCCGGCCGACUCCAAGCUCAAGGCAGUGAGGCUGGAGCUGGCCGUGGACAAGCUGGUGACACUGAUGUCGGCUGGCUUGCCGCUCCUGCUCAUCUCGCUAGCCUUCGCGCAAGAAAUCUCCAUAGGUACCCAAAUUAGUUGUUUCUCCCCAAGUUCGUUCUCCUGGCGACAAGCAGCUUACGUGGAUGCAUACUGCUGGGCAUCACUGAAUCGGCCUUCCCCAAAGACUGAUUUGGAGCAAUUACCUCUGUGGCUUCACAAGGUUUUUCCAUAUGUCCUCCUGCUAGUGGCCAUCCUUAUGUAUGUUCCAACCUUGUUCUGGCGCUUUACUGCAGCACCUCAACUAUAUGGCGACCUGACCUUCAUCAUAGAGGAACUUGAUAAGGCUUAUAACCGUGGAAUCAGAUUAGCACAGCACAUUGUCAACUCCAGUGGAUGUGAUGCUAACAGCUGCUUUGAAUCUUUUGGAGAACAAAGUGGUUCCAAGGAGAAGAAAGAGAAUUUCUUUCAGUUUCCAAUCGUGGAGCGUUACUUGAAAUCAAAAGAAGACUCCUGCAGCUUGUUGACAAUGUAUCUUAUCCGCAAAGGCCUCGCUCUCACUUUUCUUGUCUUUGCCUGCAUCUAUUUGGGAUAUUACAUCUCCCUCACCUUCCUUACCGAUGAAUUCAAAUGCUCAGUCAAAACGGGCAUUUUGGGAAAUGAAACAAGCAUACCAGAUUUUUUUCAGUGUAAACUUAUUUCUGUUGGUAUUUUUCAACUUCUGAGUAUUGUCAACAUUGUUGUGUAUAUCCUCCUAAUCCCAGUCACCCUCUACAGUAUGUUUUUUCCUUUAAGAAACAACCUCACUUUUCUGAAGGUCUAUGAACUUCUGCCACAGUUUGAGGUGAUAAUGUUUACUGAGGGCUGUUGGAAUGACUUGAGCCUUUGCCUUCUAUUUUUGGAAGAAAACAUCAGUGAAGUAAAAUCACAUAAAUGUCUUAAAGUAUUGGCACACAUAAAAGGGAAAGAGUUGCUGGAACCUCCAUCAGUGAUGGAUGUAAUGUUGCCUUUAAUAGCCCUGGGACAAAUCAAAUCUGAUAUGAUAGAUGGUUUGACCAAAACCAAGAAAGCGGAGCAGAAAUCAGAGUCUGACACCGACCUAAAUGCCACACAACUUAAAGUUAAAAUUAAACCAGAUUCUGUAGACGAUGGCACCAGAUCUGCAGAUGAAGAACGAGAUGACUGCUCGGCUGUAAGGCAAAGACUACUGGAAUCUCAGAUCUACAGUUCAAAUUGUUAGGAUGUAUGUCAUUUGGCUCUGUGCAUUCUAUUCCAAAAGACACACAUUCAUCAUUCGUUUGUGACGGUAUUAGCAAAAAGACUAUUUAUUGGAGAUUUAACUUUAUUCCUGUAUUUCUUAAUAUAUUUGUUCAGUCACCAGGAGAGUGAUCAUUCUCAAAAUGGAUAUUUCAUUAUUUUUGUAUUUCUCACAUUUUUAUAAGUUUAUAAUAUCAAUGUUUUAAUAAGAAUAAUGAAGCUCAAAUAGAAUGCAGUUCGGCAUAUCUGGUCAAAGUUAAUCAGGAAAUAGAGAACUUAAUUCAACAAAGACAGUAAUAUAUUGAAAAAAGUGUUGAAUUUUUACUGGAGUGAAUUAAAUUAUGUAAUUUCUAAUUCAGGAUACUAGAUCCUUUACCUUAGUGGUAGAAUUCCUAUUACUAAGUAAAUUAAAAUGAACAGUUGAAUCACCAUUCCCUGAAGAUUCUGAGAAUAAACGACAUGGAAUUUGAACAUUUUCCUCGUAAAUGGCUCACACAUAGAGUUAUACAGCACAGAAACUGGCCCAACGCGUCCAUGCCAACCACUUUGUCUAACUGAGCUCGCCCCAUUGCCGGUACCCAGCCAAUAUCCUUACUAAGCUUUCCUAUCCAUGUGCAUGUCCAAGUGUCUUUUAAAUGUCAAAAUUGUACCUGCCCCUACCACUUCCUUUGGCAGCUCGUUCCAUAUACGCACCACCCUCUGUGAGGAAAAGGUUGCCCCUCAGGUCCUUUUUAAAUCUUAACCCUAUGCCUCCUAGUUUGAGACUCCCACACCCCGUGGAAAAGACUGGCUAUUCACCUUAUCUAAGCCCCCGUGAAUGUUAUAAACCUCAAUAAGGUCAACCUUUGCCCUACUACACUCCAGGGGGAAAAAAACCCUAAUCUUCUCCUUAUUAAUCAACCUUUCAGAUGUUGCGACAUCCUUGUAAAUCUUUUUAGCACCCCUUCCAAUUCAAUGACAUCCUUCCAAAAUUGGGCAACCAGAACUCUACACUAUACUCCAAAUGUGGACUUACCAACGUCUUGUACAACUGUAACAUGCUGUACUAACUACUGUACACAAUACCCUGACCAUGAAAGCAAACAUGCAUGAUGCCUUCUUCAUGACCCUGUCUUCCUGUCUUGCCACUUUCUUGGAACCAUGUCUGCAUAUUGUAUAAUAUUCCCCAGACCUGCAUCACUUACAGUACAAGACCUGUCCUCAUUUAUCUUGCCAAAACGCAACACUUCAUAUUUAUCAUGGUAACUCAGAUUUCACUGUACCAUAAUUGGUGCAUAUGACAAUAAAGGCGUACUUGAACUUGAAUAAACCUACUUCUGACAUUCUUUGGCCCCAUCGCCCAGUUGACCAAGAUCCUGUUGUAAUCUCCCAAAUGAGACUUGAAUUAGAGUUUUCAUUGGGAAAGCUACCACAGAUGGACUACAUUGUUAAUGAUGUAGAACAACAAAUAGUUUUUGUUUAUAUUGGUCAAAUCUCUGCCUCAGAGGGGGGUCUUGUCCUCUGGAUACUUUCAAGAGAGAGCUAGAUAUGGCUUUUAAAGAUAGUGGAGUCGGGCAUUAUGGGGAGAAGGCAGGAACGUGGUACUGAUUGUGGAUGAUCAUCCAUGAUAACAUUGAAUGGCAGUACUAGCUCGAAGGGCCGAAUGGUCUACUGCUGCACCUAUUAUCUAUUGUCUAAUGCUCUGUAAUAUAACUAUUGGGAGGAUUUUGACAAAAUCCCUCCCAAUUACAGAUGUAUGAAAUUUCUCAUGUCCACUCAUGAGGUAAAACUUCACUAACACUUCUAAUGUUGCUGCAUGUCUUGCUGAGUUACUCCAGCAUUUUGUGUCUACUAACAUUUCUAAGAUCUUUACAAAGUAUUUCAGUCACAGUCAUCAUUUUCCCUGUGCAAAUUGUUGUUAACUUUGAGACUUCAGAUCAUACCCUGGCCAGAAUAUUUUCUACUCUAACGCUUGCAUGAACACAGUUCAUUUAUUGAUUACUGUGAAUCGCAGGAAAGUAACAGGUGGUUACUACAAAACAAAAUACCAAUAUUGUCAGUAAGUUUUAGUUGGAAUGGAAUUUACACUUGGAAUUUUUUUCCAUUAAAUGUUAUUCCAUGAAGUGUCAACUUUUUCUUGUGUGGUCAGGUUUUAUAAUCGGUAAUUGGAACCAAUAGUUUACAUAGUAGCUGGCUAAAUACAAGUGUUCCCACUGAUCAUUUGCACAGAUGGGAUGAAAGAAAAACUGGAAAAAUAGGAAGUCGGCCCUCAAAUAGAAGAUGGUUCUGAAUUUUAAGGUGCUUUGUACAUCACAUAUCUCUGUUUCACCAGUGUUCCUAUUUUUUUAUUGAAUUCAAAUUUGCAGGGUUUUUUCUUUAUAUUUUGAAGAUUAGUAAUUAUUAUUGUAGAAUUUUCAAGAAUGUUUACUGCAGAAUUUAGGAAAAAUGUGCCAGCAGUUUUCUAUUAAGAAAUUUACCAUUCUGGCAGCAUUUUUU